AUGCCCGUCCUCCAAAGAAGGCCGCGCAACCGUGUCGACGAUGACGAUGAACCUUCGCAACCGCCCCGUCGGAGGGUGAGACGUGACGACUCGGACGAUGACGCAGAGAGCCAAGUGUCUGGACAGGGCGGAGAGCACGACGAGAGCUACUCCCGAGACGAGUCACUCGAAACGCAACUGAUCAAGAAGCUCGUGCGCUACGCGCUGGCCUGCGAGUAUUCGAGAACGCCGAUCCGGAGAGACGGCAUCAAGGACAGGGUCCUCGGGAGCCACGGCAGAGCGUUCCGCAAGGUGUUCGACGGUGCUCAGAAGCAGCUCCGUGCCGUCUUUGGAGUCGAGAUGGUAGAGCUGCCCGCUCGGGAUAAGGACCACUUGUCGCUCGAGGAGAAGCGAAGAGCUGCAAAGUCCCAGUCCAAAGCAACCACAGGCUCCAACUCAUAUAUCCUCAUGACACGACUUCCCGAAAAGUACCGGGCCGCAGAAAUCCUGGCCCCAUCCAAAGUACAGAGUGCCGAUGACGAAGCUGCCUACAUUGGCAUAUACACGAUGAUUGUGACGAUCAUCACCCUCAAUGGCGGCGAUUUGAGCGAUGCUAAGCUGCGGCGAUACCUGAACCGCAUGAAUGCGAGCGAAAAUAUGCCCAUCGAUAAGACCGAGACUGUUCUACAAAGGCUCGUGCGGCAGGGAUACAUUGUGAAGACAACGGAGCGACGCAACGAAGGAGACGAGGAAACUAUUACGUGGCAUGUCGGUCCACGAGGCAAGAUGGAGGUUGGACCAGAGGCGGUCGCUGGCAUGGUUCGAGAAGUAUAUGGGAGCACGACAGAUGAUCUAGAGAGGAAGCUACAGGCAAGCCUUCGAAUCAAGCCGGCGGAUGGAAGCGGCGACGAGGAAGACGGAGAGGACACAGACCUUCCGGAUGCAGCACCCGAACCAAAAGAAAUCAGCGGAGCAGGAGAGGGUUCGCGACGCAGGAGCCGCCGGCACAGGGGAGAUGAAGAUGAUGGAUGA